GUCAAGGCUGCUCAGAAAGAGGGCCUCUGCCCAGCUGUCCCCUGUGCGUCAUGUGCAGGAGGCCAAGUGGCUCCUCUUACAGGGUCCGGGCAUCCUCUAUAUAUAGCCCAGCACAGACAGCUGCGCAGUCAGUGCCUGACCCCAUAGGACAGCAGAGGUGUGCCUGCCGCGUUCUAGGGAGCCGCACUAUGACGCUGGGCUUGGAGCAGGCUGAGGAGCAGCGGCUGUACCAGCAGACGCUCCUUCAGGACGGCCUCAAGGACAUGCUGGACCACGGCAAGUUCCUGGACUGCGUGGUGCGCGUGGGCGAGCGCGAGUUUCCGUGCCACCGCCUGGUACUGGCCGCCUGCAGCCCCUACUUUCGCGCGCGCUUUCUGGCAGAGCCCGAUGGCGCGGGAGAGCUGCGCCUGGAGGAGGUGUCGCCCGACGUGGUGUCCCAGGUGCUGCACUACCUGUACACGUCGGAGAUCGCGCUGGACGAGGCAAGCGUGCAGGACCUCUUCGCCGCAGCGCACCGAUUCCAGAUCCCGUCCAUCUUCACCAUCUGCGUGUCGUUCCUUCAGAAGCGCCUGUGCUUGGCCAAUUGCCUGGCUGUCUUCCGCCUCGGCCUCCUACUAGACUGCGCGCGCCUGGCGGUGGCAGCGCGCGACUUCAUCUGCUCGCGCUUCCCGCUGGUGGCGCGCGACAGCGACUUCCUGGGGCUCUCCGCUGACGAACUGAUCGCCAUCAUCUCCAGCGACGGCCUCAACGUGGAAAAGGAGGAGGCUGUGUUCGAGGCGGUGAUGCGCUGGGCCGGCAGCGGCGAUACCGAGGCACAGGGGGAGCGUCAGCGCGCGCUGCCUACAGUCUUUGAGAGCAUUCGCUGCCGCCUGCUUCCUCGCGCCUUCCUGGAGAGCCGCGUGGAGCGCCAUCCACUCGUGCGCUCCCAGCCUGAGCUGUUGCGCAAGGUGCAGAUGGUGAAGGAUGCACAUGAGGGCCGCCUCACUACACUACGCAAGAAGAAGAAGGAGAAGGGCGAGAAAACCGUCCAGGCCAAGGAGGCCAACCAGGGCGCAGCAGACGCCAAGGCUGAGGACGAUGAGGAACGUGUACUGCCUGGGAUUCUCAACGAUACCCUGCGCUUCGGCAUGUUCCUGCAAGACCUCAUCUUCAUGAUCAGCGAGGAGGGUGCAGUGGCCUACGACCCAGCCGCCAACGAAUGCUACUGUGCGUCUCUGUCCACCCAGAUCCCCAAGAAUCACGUCAGCCUGGUGACCAAGGAGAACCAGGUCUUCGUGGCCGGUGGCCUCUUCUACAAUGAGGACGACAAGGAGGACCCUAUCAGUGCCUACUUUCUGCAGUUUGACCACUUGGACUCUGAGUGGCUGGGGAUGCCACCACUCCCCUCACCACGCUGCCUCUUCGGCCUGGGGGAGGCUCUCAACGCCAUCUACGUGGUCGGUGGCCGGGAGCUCAAGGACAACGAGGAUAGCCUGGACUCAGUCCUGUGCUAUGACAGGCUGUCAUUCAAGUGGGGUGAAUCGGACUCUCUGCCCUAUGCGGUAUAUGGCCACGCGGUUCUUUCCCACAUGGACCUCAUCUAUGUCAUUGGCGGCAAAGGCAAGGACAGGAAGUGUUUAAGCACGAUGUGUGUCUAUGACCCUAAGAAGUUUGAGUGGAAGGAGCUGGCGCCCAUGCAGACAGCGCGCUCACUCUUUGGGGCCACCGUCCACGAUGGCCGCAUCUUUGUGGCUGCAGGGGUGACAGACACAGGGCUUACCAGCUCCAUGGAGGUGUACAGCAUUGCAGACAACAAGUGGUCCUCUUUUGAGGCCUUUCCACAGGAGCGCAGCUCGCUCAGCCUGGUCAGCCUAGCUGGCACUCUCUACGCCCUGGGUGGCUUUGCCACCCUGGAGACUGAGUCUGGAGAGCUGGUCCCCACAGAACUCAAUGACAUAUGGAGAUUCAAUGAGGACGAGAAGAAGUGGGAGGGGGUCCUGCGGGAGAUCGCCUAUGCGGCCGGUGCCACUUUCCUCCCUGUACGCCUCAACGUGCUUCGCCUGACCAAGAUGUGACCAGUGCAAGGCCCUGACUGAGCCUCCUGUCCCCUGGCCUCACAGCAAAUGCUCUGUGAGAUCCAGAGAGGAGCUGGGAGAGGCCAGUGUGAACCAGAGAGGUUACUUCAGUCAGGAAAGCAUUGGGAGGGACUUCUCCAUGUCUCCUCAAGGACUGCAAAGCUAGGCAGGCACCUCAGGCUGUGUUCUGACCCUGCCCACGUUGGCUGUGUAUGCCCAUUACAUCUCCUAAGGGACUCAGUGUCUGUGCCCAUCAUAUGGGAGUGUCUGUUGAUGGCACCUUCUGGUGCUAACCCAGACCUCCCUUAGGAAGCUCAGGGGCAAUAAACUGCCUUCUGAGCAUCUAACCCAGGGUCUAGAAUCAGCCACCACAAAGAGCCAGUGUCUAGAGGGCUGAAGAUGAAGGGCUUGACUAUACCAGUGUUGGGCUGUCAACGUGGGUGGCCCUGCCCUCACAGGACACCCCAUCAUGUCCUAUGAAUGGCCUUUUCCCCAAAGCCUGGAACCAUCAGCUCAUUGCCCAGAGUGGACAAGAAGCCAGUAGAAUACCAUGGUAGAAAAGUCUUUUAUUCUGUUGCUCAGGCCCCAUGGCCUGGGGCCCAGAUGCAGCUGAGCGGAGCCCAGUCCUCUGCCUCCAACCCUACUCCAGCUUCUCUUUGUCCUUCCUCUGCUCUUCUUCCAACGCCAAGGUUCGCUCACGCUCCUUUACCAGCUGGACACCACAGUAGGUGACAAACAAGGUGGCCAGUGUGGUCUGGGGGAAGCCUGUUGGAGAAAGAGCCAUGCCACCUGAAGCCUCCCAUCCAGAAGACCCUGCACCCUACCCCACACCCCUACUGAGUCCCUUGGGUGCUAGGGUGUUGUGUGUGUGUUGGGUAGACCAGAGGUUCCUGUCCUCAUGCAAGGUUGGGCACAUGCCGUAUCCACUCGCCCUGUCCCUUACCUGUAAGUAUCAGGCGUCGGGCAACCAGCUCUGUGAAUUCAAGGCUGUUGAGACUCACAAGAUUAUACAUGAUGAUAGCCCAAAAGUUUACAGCCCCACAGAGGGCCCGGACCCUCCGAGACAUCUGCUCUGAUAGCCGGGCCUGCUGUCCAAGAAUGUGUCGACAAGAAGGUCAGGAGAGAGGGACCUGGUCAGUCACUGUCACUCAGGCCCAGGGGAACAGCAAGAGCUGAAUAAUGCAGCCAACCCUUGCCACUCAGAAGCCAGGGAGACCCAGUUUCCCACUAGGUGAAACACUGCCCUGGCGAACAAGAGAGGUUUAGGGAGAAAGUUCUGGACCAGGGACCAAGCAUGCCUGGAGAACUCCAGGAAACAACAGGGCUGCCACCUCCUGUGACCUAACUGAUUCCAGCCAAUCCCAGCCCUGGACCUUCCUGCCCACCUCGAUUUGUGCCAGUGGCCCGCACUCUGCCAGCUUCUGCACCCAGAGCUCAAAAUUGAGGCCAAAGCAGUUAAGAACAGACCACAGGUAGACGAUGUCACAAGGCCCAAGCCACAGAGUGGUGAUGACGAACGUGGCCAUGGACGCAGCCAGCUCUGGGAUCACAGCGGAAUGAUCCCCACCAAUGUGGUCAUAUACAUAUCUGCAGAAAAGAUGGGAAAGGGGGCCUGCAGGAGUGUGGGGACAGACAGAGGACACACAGCAGGGUGGCAUGUAGUACAUCAACCUCGGAAUCACCUGUACCUCUGCCCAGCUCCAAACUGUGGAGAAGUGGCCUCAGACCUUCAUAUCUGCAGCUGGAUCUGUCUGGUUCCUAGGUCUGUCUCAUCCAGACCCGGGAUUUUCACAACUGACCCAAGGCUCAUCUGCUCCUGUCUCACUCCGGAGCUGCUUCUCCUGUCCCCACUCAUGCCAGCUCCAGCCCCAACUCAGGCUCAUCACCCGACAGUUGUCAGGCUGUAGGUUGUAGUCAGGAUUCUGGAUUCCCCUCAUCCCCCACAUACAAGCCACAGGUUCUGUCAGCUCUGCUGGAUCUUGACCCUUGACCCUGCAUCACCACUGCUGUCCUUUAGGGGCUCCUCUGCUGCUCAGGAGCUUCCUAGUCCUGCUUUUGCCUUUACCUCCACUCCAUUCUCUACAAAUGCUUUAAGAGUCAGCUCAUGGGGCUGGAGGAAUGUCUCGGCAGUUGAGAGUGUGUACUGCUCUUCCAGAGGACCGGGGUUCAUUUCCCAGCACCCAC